UCUCAAAGAAUCGCGCGCACGAGUCGCCGCGACGCGUAUUUAUAGCUGCUUUGUUAUUAACGUGGUGUUUUUAAUUAAUUAUUAACUAAAUAAUUAAAACAAAUCCUGCAGAUUAUAUAAAAUGAUUAGAGCGGUAUCGUAUCUAGUCGUAGCAUUGGCGGCAUCGUGCGGCGCACAGAGCACGUCUAGCUCUGGCAGCACGCCGCGGUCGCCCUGCCCCAACGUAUUCCAGUACGAGCCUUCGGGCACCGAGCCGGGAAGGUGGUACGGUGUUGUCAACCUCUCCACUGACAGCACGCUGCACUCCCUCUGGCUUAAUGUCGUCCUGGACAGUAAGGCUGAUAUCCUCGGAAACUGGGUUGGAGAUGUGUCAACAACGGACAAUAUCGACUUCAAGAUAGAGAACACAAAGAUGAAGAUCCACCCGGGGCCAGCGGUUGCCGUGCGCUUCUUUGUACAAUACAACCCCUUGAAGACGCCCAUACCACGUCUCCAAACCAUACGGCUUAACGGCCGUGAGAUAUGCAACGCAAAUACGCCAGUCCCCGCAGACAGUAUACUGGACUCCACAUCCUCGGGACAGUCCAGACCGGAGACCGGGCGGCCUGUAUCGACCAGACCGGUAGAAAGGCCUGUCGAGAGACCUGUCGCGAGUAGACCGGUUCAGUCGAGGCCAUCAGAGAGUAGACCGGUCCAGUCGAGACCAUCAGAGAGUAGACCGUCCAUCAGGCCGGAGGAUACACCAGUUACCAGGCCAGUCCACGGCACCCCUUCCAGCUCUGGUCCAGUGUACGUACCCACAGCGAACCCACCGAUAGACCAGAUCAAUGUCAACCCAUUCGUUAUCGGGGAAGGGGGCAAGGGGCAGUCCGGCUCCAGGCCAAACUCUGUGUUCGGCCAUACGACAUCCUCGUAUACCACCACCACCACUGACAGCGCGGAGUUUGAAGACUUUGAUACCAUAAAGAGACCAGACCCGAACGAUUACUUCGGUGGUGGUCUACACACCAUCGUAGUGCCCAACAACAAUGACGAUGACUUCAACGACAAUAACAACAACAACAACCGUUAUCCAAAGAAUCGUUGCGGUAAAGUGACGUUGAACAAACCCAACCCCCUAGUGGUUAAUGGCAAGCCGACCCUCGAAGGGCAGUGGCCCUGGCAAAUUGCACUCUAUCAAACACAGACAGUGGACAGUAAGUACAUCUGCGGCGGCACGCUGGUGACGCACUUGCACGUGAUCACGGCGGCGCACUGCGUCACACGCAAGAGCUCCAGCCGCGUCGUUAACAAGAACACCCUCACCGUCUACCUCGGCAAGCACAACCUAAGGACCUCCGUGAGAGGCGUGCAAAUACGACUGGUGGACGAGAUAACAGUUCACCCACAAUACAACGCAUCAUCGUACAGCCACGACGUGGCCAUCCUGCGACUGAUCGAGCCCGUGCAGUACACCGACUACGUGCGGCCCGCCUGCCUUUGGCCUGACGAACAGACCGACCUCAACAGUGUCAUCGGCAAAAAGGGCUCUGUUGUCGGAUGGGGUUUCGAUGAGACGGGAGUAGCGACUGAAGAGCUGACGUUAGUGGAGAUGCCGGUAGUGGACCAGGAGACCUGCAUCAGAUCCUACAGCGACUUCUUCGCGAGGUUCACUUCGCAGUACACGUUCUGUGCCGGCUAUAGAGACGGGGCCCUCGAUAAGCGAACCGGAUACAGGAAAAGUACUUCAGUAUGCAAUGGCGACAGCGGCGGCGGAAUGGUCUUCCAGAUGAACGACUCCUGGCAUCUGAGGGGUCUGGUGUCGCUCUCCGUGGCGAGACAGAACGAGUACAGAUGCGAUCCAACGCAUUACGUUGUAUUUACUGACCUCGCCAAGUUCCUACCUUGGAUACGUCAGCAUAUUAAUAAUUAUUAAUUUUUUAAAUUAUAAUGUUGCCAUGAACAAAAUUUUCUCUGUCCGCUUAGAGUGAAACGCCUUCAUGUCAAUGUGAAGCUGUUUAAAAAUAUUGUAAUGUUGUUAUGAACAUUUUUUUU